AUGAAAUUCUCAUUCUUUGUUCUUCUCCUGGCCAUUGCCUCUGCUUCGAAGUGGGCAGUGCUGCUUGCUGGAUCCAGCGGAUACGGCAACUACAGACACCAGUCCGAUGUGGCUCACAUGUAUGGUAUUCUGAUCGAUCACAAGUUUGAUCCCGAUCACAUUAUCACCAUCAUGUACGGAGAUCUUCCUGAUCACCCACGUAAUCCUUUCUCUGGAACUAUUUUCAACCACCCUGGAAACAACCAGCGCAACUAUCAGGAGGGUCUGGUUAUUGAUUAUGACCAUAAGUACAAGCUGACCAAGGAGCUCUACCUGAACAUUCUGCUCGGUGAUUCUGGCUCUGUCCGUAAUAUGACUGGAAUUGAGAACCCUAAGGUCCUCAAGACCAACAAGGACGAUCAUAUCUUCCUCUAUUACAUUGAUCAUGGAGGUGAUAACAUUGUGGCUAUGCCUGAUGGUGAUUACCUUACUGCUAGGGAGCUGGUUCAGACGAUCCAGACGAUGUACGAUGAGGGCAAGUAUGGAAAGCUGGUCUACUAUUUGGAGGCUUGCGAGUCUGGUUCCAUGUGGCAGACUCUUCCCAAUGACAUCAACGCUUAUGCUCUGUCCUCUACACUUCCCAAUGAGUCCUCUUGGGGUACUUACUGUCCUCCUAAUGAUGAUGUGGUCGAUGGUGUCCAUAUUGGUUCUUGCCUGGGUGAGGUCUGGUCUUGCUUCUGGUUGGAGCAGGAUGAUGCUGCCGAUCUGUCCACUCUGACUCUUCAGAAGCAGUUCGAUGACGCGAAGGACUUCACGACGACUUCGCAUCCUCUUCAGUUCGGAGAUAUGGAAAUUGCUCAGGAGCCUGUGGGUGAUUACAUUUCGGAGGUUGCGGGACGUCGUCGCUUCCUGCGCUCUGAGAACCGCCGUGUGGAGCAGUGGGAUUCGCGUCUGAACGAUCUGCUGUUCUGGAAGAACCGUGCGUUGGAUGCGAACGAUCGUGAGGCGUACGCGAAGUACAUGGAGAUUGCUGAGCGCAAUCUGAACGUGGAUCGCUACUUCAAGCAGCUGGUGAGAAAAGUGAUGAAGAACGACGACACGAUGUUGAAGCUCCACUUCGCUGAGAAGAACUGGCCUUGCUACAACGCUGUGUUGGAGAAGUACCAGAGCACUUAUGGAUUCAACGACUAUUCGAUGAAGUAUGCUCGCACCCUGGCUAACAUGUGCACUUUGUACAAGGGUGAUGUGCAGGAUAUUAUUAAUGCUAUGUAAUCACUGUGGUUUUGGAUUACAUUCCA